AUGUGGUGUUUAGCAUUACUAAUGCUUCUUGUUCGUUUGCACUGUUUCUUUAAGAGGUAUACAUAUAUAUAUAUUACUUGCUGUGUAUCCAUUUCGCCUGUAGCAGCAAACACUAAGAAUAAUAUUGUUUUUGCUAUGUCCGGUCUACGUGCAGCUAGUGUGUUUUCCCCAGUAUUCAAGAGAAUGGCCUCUUCGAUUCCCAGUCAAUUCAAGUCUAUAAUAUACAACUCCCACUCCCUUGAGGAUUGCACAGGUGUGUUGUCGGUUCAUAAUUACAAGCCAAAGCAGGACUUGAACAAGUCUGUGGUGCUAAGGACGUUGGCAUUCCCAAUCAACCCAUCGGACAUCAACCAAUUGCAAGGUGUGUACCCUUCUUUGCCCGAGAAGACUCUGGAUUACUCUACGGAGAAGCCCUCUGCCAUUGCCGGUAACGAGGGUCUAUUUGAAGUCGUGUCCCUGCCUGAGCAUGGCGACCACGGUGAGUUGAAAGUCGGCGAUUGGGUCAUCCCUGUACAGGCCAACCAAGGGACGUGGUCUAACUACAGGGUCUUUGACAAGGCCUCUGACCUGAUUAAAGUGAACGGACUGGACCUGUACUCUGCGGCUACGGUCUCUGUCAAUGGCUGCACAGCGUACCAGCUGGUGAACAACUAUGUGGACUGGAAUGCGGAUGGUAAUGAAUGGCUGAUCCAGAAUGCCGGUACUUCUGGGGUGUCAAAGUUCGUCACGCAGAUAGCCAAGGCCAGAGGUGUCAAGACGCUGAGUGUUAUACGUGAUAGGGACAACUUUGAAGAAGUUGCAGAGGUCCUGGAGCAGAAAUUCGGUGCCACCAAGGUCAUCUCUGAGUCUCAGAACAACGACAAGGACUUCGGCAAGAAAGAGUUGCCAAAGGUGCUCGGCGACAAAGCGAGGGUCAGAUUGGCACUGAACUCUGUUGGUGGUAAGUCCAGCUCUGCGAUAGCUAGAAAGCUGGAAAGAGAUGCAUUGAUGCUCACCUAUGGUGGUAUGUCCAAGCAACCAGUCACCAUCCCAACGUCGCUACAUAUCUUCAAGGGCCUGACCUCUAAGGGCUACUGGGUCACAGAGAACAACAAGCGUGAUCCAACGGAUAAGGUCAACACCAUCAAGGGAUUCAUCGACUUGUACAAGCAAGGGAAGAUUAUCUCACCCGAAGAGGAGAUAGAGACCAUGGAAUGGGACGCAAACAACGGCGACGACCAGCAACUCCUAGAGCUGGUCAAGAGAGGAAUAACCGAGAAGGGCAAGAAGAAAAUGGUGCUCUUGAAGUGGUAG